UAUGAAAGAAUGAGUAAAGGUGGUACAGUAAUAGUUUCUGGUUGUUCUGCAGGAGGAUUAGCAGCUUAUUAUUGGGUUGAAUAUUUUAGAGAUAUAUUACCUUUGAAUGUUUAAGUAUUGGGAGUACCUGAUUCUGGAAUCUUUAUUGAUAUGAAAUCUAUUGAUGGUACUGAAUUACCAAAAUUAUCAUUGAUUGAAAUGCAGAAAUUAGUUAAUUAAGAAGCCAGUAACCCUAAUGUUGAAUGUGUUUAAAGUAAUCCUAAUGAAUUAUGGAAAUGUUUCUAUGCUCAAUAUUUAUUAAGGUAUAAUAAUUAUUAUUUUUAAUAUUAGAUAUGUAAAUGUACCCAUUUUUAUUGUCAAUUCUUUAUAUGAUACUGCUAGUAUUAAAGAUCUUUUACAAAUAUCAUGUGUAGCUAGAAAUUCUUUGUCAGGUUGUUCUUAAAAAGAAAGAAAAUAUAUUGAAGAAUUACAUUCUAGUAUUUAGACUGUCAUUUCAGGUAGACGAUCAAUAUUUAGAGAUACAGGUUCUUUUGCACCUGCAUGUUUAGAACAUUGGUAUAUAUAAUUUUUAUAUUUUAUUUUAGUUUUUUAUAAACUACAUAUUAUUAAUCAACUUCAUGGUAAGUUCCAGGAAAAUCUGGAUUUACUAUUUAAAAGAGUUUGAGAUAAUGGUUAAGUCAAUUCAAUGUUGGAAAUUUGGAUAAUCAUAUUGAUUCAGUAGAUUGGCCUAGUAAUGAAGCUUGUUCUAAUGCUUGA